AUGACCCAUCUUAUUACAUUUGCCGUGGUCUUGAUUGCCUCCGUUUCUCUUUUGAAAGCGGCAUGUCCAGAAGGAUUCGAUGUGAUCAACUCUAAAUGCAUUACUAUAACCAGUAAACGAUUCACACACCACAAAGCUCUUUUGGAGUGUAACGGGAGAAACGCUCACUUGGUUACCAUCCAAAAUGCAAUUGACAACAACGCAAUUCUCCAAUACGCCUCAAAUAUAACAUCUCCAAUGUGGAUCGGAGCAAACUGUAAAUUCAAUAAGCAGCCUAAGAAGUGCACCUGGGAUGAUGGAUCUUCUUUAGAUUAUAGUAACUUCCUACCAGGUUAUCCAGUUACAAACAUUGGAACAUGUGUCUACAUUGACUCUGACAAUCAACCACUGAAAGGAAGAUGGAUCAGUGCAACAUGUGAACUUGACGAAUAUCAUGCCAUCUUUCUCUCUGUUUCGGCCGAAAAAGACCCAAAUGCUCCAAGCGAAUGCCUCUCCAAAUGCUUAACUCCACUUGCCAAACUCCAAAGAAGCUUCUCCUUUGUUUUCAACAACUUUGAAAAAGUUUGUGACCUACUCGAAGAUGGAGCUUUCUGCGCAAGAAAAUGCAAUCAGGAAGACCAAACAAAGUUCUAUCAGUACACAACAUUCUAUCGAAUUCAUUGCAUUGACUAUGAAGAAGACAUCCAAGAACAUUUGACAUGCAUUGCAAAGGCUGCCGCUGAUGCUGAUUUGGUGUGCAAAGAUAAAUGCAAACAAGCCCAUAAGGUUGAAAAAACAGCAGAUAAGAAAACUAAAAUGAAGAAGGAAUGUCUCACUUUGGAGUGUUCUACACUUUGCUACUUCGACGAACUUGCGGAAAGUUGUCCAGAAGCUAGAAAUAUCUUAUUGAAAAUAAACAUUGGGCAAGUGCAUUCGAUGGCCUCUGGAGUUCAUCCAAUUACGAUGGAGAAGAUGCUUCCAGAAUGUCGCAAUCUUCACAACACAGAAUAUAUGCGUGCCAAGCUGAUGGCUUCCAGCAGUUCUCUUCUCAUGGACCAUACCCCUUUGGAGAUGGAAACGGAAGAACGACCAGUUAUCACCGCUUGA